AUGCCGUUGAGUGGCACUGGCGAGCUCAUCGCCUCACUUGUCGUCGCGGCCGGCCUGGCAUGCACGUGGUGCGCUUCUACUCAAUUCAGCCGAGCUGCACUCUCUGGUGAUACUUCGGAUUUUGCAGCGCCGUACUUCUUGAUGUGGUUCCACACCAGCCUCACCAUAUCCUGCUACCCGGUGUAUUUGCUAUCGGCACGGAUACGAAAAUUGGACAUGAAAGAAGCGCAUAUUGAAGCUGGCCAAGUCUUUGGCGAAGCUGGCAUUUGCUUCAUCGCCAUCGUCAAAUACGUCUUGCCAUUUCUGGUGCUUUGGACUGGGGCUAAUUACUUGUAUGCACGGUGCCUAGGCCAUGUUUCUGCCUCAAUCGCCACUUCAAUCAGCUCCGGAAACGCGGCAAUGGUCUACGUCUUAGCGAUUUUCAUCCUAAGCGAGAAAUUUCACUUACAAAAGGCCUUCGCUGUAGUUCUUGGAGUUGGAGGCAUCGUCCUGAUCUCCGUCGACCCCAGCGGGAACGGGGAUGGCGAAUGGAUCGGCUAUGUGCUGGCCGUUGCCUCGGCAUUCUUCUCUGCCCUCUACAAAUCUUCAAAAGGGUUAUUGGCGACGCCACACUAUCACAAG